AUGCUUGUCACAUCUGAUAUUACAGAUCGUGAACAUUCUGUAAAGGAAACAAGAGCCUCCACAAUUCAAGAAGAACCGGAAAAAGAGGAUAUUUCCCAAUCUUCCUCUGUCAUCUAUUCUAAUAGGAAAUCUCCGGCUGUUAGUGCCUCCCCUGACAAAGAUGGUGCUCCUCUAACGUUUCAAAAAGUAAUACCAAGAAAAUCAAGACAGCAUUCAGUACAGAGUGCAUUCAGUAGUCUUUCUCUGAAGUCAAUGAUCAAUCCGCAAGCAAGUGGUAGUAAUACAAAGUCUACUCCUGGUAGUGUCAUUGAAGAGGAUGAUAAUAUAGGAUUACAACAACCUUUCACCAAUGAUAAUAGAAUCAAUGUUGGUUCAGUUAGUAGGCAACCAGUUGUUACUGAAGCUCUAAUCAGUAAUAAGGAUAAUGAAGAUCAGUCUGAUGAAGAUGUCCCUAAUGUCAAUCUUACCACACAGGCUUUAAGAAAGCUUUCUAUUCUGAAAACUGGUGACUCAAUGGAAAUUAAUGACAUGCUAACAAAUAAUAAUGAAGACGAUGCUCUUUCAAAACCAGACUCCAUUAGUUCCAGUAAACCAAGCACGGCAACCAGUACACCAAGACGAUCAUCCGCAAGAAAAUCAAGUAUUGGUUCCAAGAUGAAAAUUGAUCCAUCAAGAAGUGGAAGGUUAGAGAAACGUAAUUCAAAUUUUAGUUUGAAAAAUAGCAUUAAUUCACAAAAUCACAUCAAUAGUAAAGUUAAUCUCAUGACAUUAAGAAAUAAUACCAUUCAACAACAACAACCUCCUAUUACUACUACUUCCAAUAUAGACAAUUUACCACCGGACCUAGUAUUGAAAAAUGAAAAUGUAAAUAAAUUAAUGAAAAAUUCGAAAUCAAUGAUUCACCUGAAAUCAAAUGAUAUGAGAAGUUUAAGGCAACCUUUAUCAAGGCGGAGAACUUCAUUUGAAGUCUCGGUCGUAACGAAGCCAUACUCUCCCAAAUCAAAUAAAUCCAUGAGACAAAUUGGUAACCCUAAAAAACCUUUAUAUAUUCCUGCAGUUUUACGUAAUGUUUCAGAGACAAACAUUACAAAUGAAGAUAUCAAGAGACCAAAUGAAAAUUCGCAAUAUCAUCCACACGACUACUCAAAUUUUAAUGAAUUGAACACAGAUCUGGAUUCUUUACUACUAUCAACGCGUAAUAACAAUUUGGAUCGUAAUAGUAGUGCCGAUUCAAUGAGUUUACAUUCUAAUAAUUCGAUAUAUGAUACCAUAAAGCAAAAUUUCAUACUCAAAUUUGUGCCCAGUUAUCUCAAAGAUUACGCCGCUUCUGAAAACGAGCCCAUAAUAUCAAUUCAACCAACGAAGAAGCAUUGGGUGCCUGAUUCUCAGAGAACCAAUUGUAAAAAAUGUGGUAAAAAAUUCACCGUGGUGGAACGUAAACAUCAUUGUCGUCAUUGCGGUGAAAUUUUUUGUCAAGAUCAUGUCAAGCAUACCUUAUAUCUAGACUCAGAUGCUAAAUUCUGCCACUUGAGACAAUUUGGUGGUGUAAUAUCAAAGGUUUGCGAUAAUUGUAUGGAUGAAUAUGAAAAUAUUAUCGAUGAUAUCAGAAAGAAAAAAAAUCAGAAGAUUAAAGAACAGCAGAAUCAUGAAAUUGUUAUUACCAAUGAUGGGAAUGACAUACUUAAGAAAAAUGGGCGUCGUGAUGAUCCUAAUAGCAAAAAACAUAGAGAUAGCUUAGUAGGAAGUGUACCAGUAGAUUGGAAUUGGAGUAGCUUUUAG